AUGUAUUUAGAUUUAAUUGAAAAAGAUCAACUUGAUGAAGCACAAAGAUUUUUUAUGACAUAUGUUAAAAAUACAAAUUUACAAGCAACAGUUUUUGCAUCACAUAAAGAUGAUCUUUAUCGUAUUAAAUUAUUAAUUAGAAAAGAACAAAUAGCACAAAGUGAAUAUGUUAAAUCAUUUCGUCAUAAUGGGCGUUAUUGA